GGCGGGGCCUCCGGUGGCCGCCCCAGCCCCGGGCAGAUACGGCGGGCGUUCCGCCUGGCCGCGAAGGACGCCCACCCGGACGCGGAUGGGGGCUCGGAGGAGCGGUUCCGGCUGGUGGUGUGGGCGUACGGCGAGGCGAUGGCGGGCGCGCCCCUGGGAGGGCCGGCCCGGCGCCGGGCCGCGGGGUACGACGACGGCUUCGUGGCGGCGUGGGAGGACAGGUGGCGGGAGGAGCAGCAGCAGGAGCUGGGCGUGUACCAUUCCUUCGAGGAGAUAGAGCGCCAGACCGACGACGACGGCUGGGGCGACCGCGAGCCGUUACAGAACUUCUUCGUGUGGAAGCACGACGCCGCCGUCUUCGGCGGAGUUGUCGAAGGGGACGUGGCCAUCUACCGCCUGAGCCACAACAUCGAUGGGCGGUACUGGGGAGUCGGGGUGGUUCUGGCAAUCCAGGCGACAUACACUGUUCACGGCCCGAACGGCAUCGUCUUCCUGCAGCCACUGAUGAGGGAGUCCUCAGGGGGUGAAGGGUGGGAACGGCGUCUUGUGGAGGACUCGUGGGCUGAGGUGGCGUCUGUCAGGGUGCUCGACCGUCUCGAGGUGCUCGGCUCUGACGCGACGCGCUGCGAGGAUGGAUCUAUUGCCAUCGAUGGACGGAGCUAUCAUCGCGUGUUCGAGUCGGGCAUGGUGCACGUCCAGGACUACUGA